AUGGCCUCAUCAACAUCGGUCCUUUUCGUUCCUGGUGCGUGGCACAGCCCCCAAUGUUUCGACGUUAUUAGAGGGCUGGAAGCCGACAACUACAAUACCGAAGUCGUUCACUUGCCCUCUGUUGACCCUGUGAUACCUCAUUUAGAUUUCGCGGAAGAUGUAUGUGAGAUCAGGAAGAAAAUAAAUAUUGCUGUCAAUGCUGGGCAGAGAGUGCUGGUUGUCGUGCAUUCGUACGGCGGACUUCCAGGUUGUGAGGCAAUUCGCGGCCUAGACUGGGAAACUCGCCAACGCCAGGGUCAACCGGGUGGCGUGACAUUUCACAGCAACAUUACCUUCGAGGCUUGGAGAUAUGUGCCUUCUACGUAUCUUUACUGUCUGAAGGAUCAGGCAAUCCCUCAUCCAGUACAGAAAAUGAUGGUGGAGGAGGUCGCUAAAGGGGUCGAUAUUCACACCGAUGUUGUGAAUGCAUCGCACAGUCCUUUCUACACGGUACCGGACCACGUGUCGGCUGCUAUCAAAAAGGCUGCUGGUGGGCGAACCUGA